CACAUUUUAUUUACAAAUUUUCUAAAUGAAUAAAUACAGAUGUUUUUUAUAAUUUGCAAAUAUAUUUUAUUAAUAAAAUUAAGUUAAUUGGACUCUAGUUGAAAUAGUAUUUGUUUUUGUUUCUAUUGUUAUCAAAUUAUUUAACGAAAUAAAUGCAAACGGAGCAGUGCAAAAAAUGAAAACAAACUAAACAAAUAGCUGUUUUGUUGAUAAACAAAAGAUCCAGCCAACAGCGUCCAUCAAGAGAACGGUGGACGGACAGGCGAAUAAAGCGGUUUAAACAAAACGUUAGUGGAGCAACAACAACAGCGUCGUAUAAGUGAGCAGCACCAAGAGAGUGGCCCCACAUUCGGUGGUAAACGGUCAAAGCAAACACAUCUUGGUGUCGUCUAGUUGUUUAUUUUUUGAGUUUCGCUUUAUUUUUGUUUUUUUUUUUCGAUCGGUCGAUCUUGUCUUAAACAUUAACGGAGCACAUACGUACAUACACUUUAAGUCGCGCUGGCUGUUCGUCGGUCUGUCAUAGUUUUUACACGUUAAACCAGAAGUGAAAUAAGAAAUUUGGCCAAAAUAUCGCCAACAAAAAGAAGUUUAUUUACACGUAACAUAAUGGGUUUACGAUUUCAGCAAUUAAAGAAAUUGUGGCUGUUGUAUCUGUUCCUGUUAUUUUUUGCAUUCUUUAUGUUCGCCUUCAGUAUUAAUUUAUAUUUAACAAGUAUGCAGCCUACACCUGGCCAGGAAAGACUACAACCGAAACCACCUAAAAAACGUUCAAUUUGGCCUAUUAAAAAUGUUGUCGCCCAUUAUAUAGGCAAGGGUGAUAUAUUUGGUAAUAUGACCGCUGAUGACUAUAACAUUAAUUUGUUUAGUCCCAUACAAGGAGAAGGAGCAGAAGGUCGUCCUGUGGUUAUACCAUCUAGAGAACGUUAUCGUAUGCAACGUUUUUUUAGACUUAACAGUUUUAAUAUAUUGGCCAGUGAUCGUAUACCAUUGAAUCGUACACUCAAAGAUUAUAGAACCAAAGAAUGUCGUGAUAUACAUUACAAAGUUGAAGAGUUGCCGACAACAUCGGUUAUUAUUGUGUUCCACAAUGAAGCUUGGUCGGUUCUAUUAAGAACACUAACGAGUGUUAUAAAUCGCACACCCAGAAGACUAUUAAAGGAAAUAAUAUUGGUGGACGAUGCGAGUGAUCGAUCCUAUUUGAAAAAGCAACUGGAAAGUUAUGUAAAAGUAUUAACCGUCCCAACUCGCAUCUUCCGUAUGCCAUCUCGAGGUGGUCUGGUGCCAGCUCGUUUAAUGGGUGCUAAACAUGCACGCGGUGAUGUCCUAACAUUCCUCGAUGCUCAUUGUGAAUGUUCGAGGGGAUGGAUGGAACCGUUAUUGCAGCGUAUUAAAGAAUCACGCACUAGUGUUAUAUGCCCAGUUAUCGAUAUCAUAUCAGAUGAUAACUUUAGUUAUACGAAGACAUUUGAAAAUCAUUGGGGAGCAUUUAACUGGCAGUUAAGUUUUAGAUGGUUUUCGAAUGAACGUAAAGGUAUGUCAUUAAAAGAUAAUCCCACUAAGCCAAUCAUGACACCUGCAAUGGCGGGAGGUUUAUUUGCAAUUGACCGCAAUUAUUUCUAUGAAAUGGGAGCUUAUGAUGAAGAAAUGAAGAUUUGGGGUGGUGAGAAUGUGGAAAUGUCUUUUCGCAUUUGGCAAUGUGGCGGUAGUGUGGAAAUUAGUCCUUGCUCUCAUGUUGGUCAUGUUUUUCGUAGCACUACUCCCUAUACAUUCCCUGGUGGCAUGAGCGAAGUUUUGGGUCAAAAUUUAGCUCGCGCUGCCAUGGUAUGGAUGGACGAAUGGAAAUAUUUCACAAUGCUUUAUACAGCAGGACUUACUGUUUCUAUGCAGGAUAAAAUCAAUAUUAGCAACCGCUUAGCCUUACGCGAACAGCUUCAAUGCAAACCAUUUUCUUGGUAUUUGCACAACAUUUGGCCAGAUCAUUUCUUCCCCGAUCAUGAUCGUUUCUUUGGCAAAAUCAUUUGGUUGGAUGGUGAGACAGAAUGUGCUCAGGCCUAUAGCAAUCAUAUGAAAAAUAUACCUGGACGUCUUUUAUCUCGUGAGUGGCCAAGAGUUUUUGAUGAAAUCGAGAGUAAUUCGGAAAUGUUUAUGAGUCUAAUCGAUUUGGAUCGUGAUAAAUGUUUGAGACCGGCUAAAGAUGAUGCUCCACGCACUUCUGUGCAACCGGUAACCGUGGGAGAUUGUAAUGCUCACUCUCAAACCAUGGACAUAUUCGUUAUAACUCCCACUGGUAAAGUGAUGACAAAUAACAAUAUUUGCCUGACAUAUAAUGAACCCAAACAAAGUGUAAUAAAAAUGCUUAAAAAUCGUAAUGCAACAACAUCAAAUGUUCAUCUAACGCCUUGUUCUAAUGAUCCACGUCAAUUGUGGAAUUAUGAUAUGGAUACUCAACACAUAAGUCAUCGUAGCAAUCAACUUUGUUUAACACUGAAAGCAACCGUGUCGGUAAAAACACACUUGCAGGAAAAAAUAGUCGUGGCCAUGGAAUGUAAUUUCAAUGAUAUUACCCAAAAAUGGGGACUUAUACCACUGCCAUGGAAAAUGUAAAGUAAUGUACAUUGCCAAGAUACCACCACCACCACUGUAAAUUGUAACUUUACACCGAAACUAAAAUUGAAAAGAAAAUAAUGCAAUUAAUUUAGAGCAAUUAGACAAUUUUUAGAGUAAAUUAAAAAAAAAAAAAAGAAAAACUUCAAUUUCUACAACACCAGCGAAUACUAAAUGUGAUAUUUUUUUUAUUUGAAUAAUAUUGAUGGUGAUGCAUGAUUAAUUGAAUUAAACUUCUUAAGCUAUGUAUACACGGUUGUUAGAUCUUACAGCGUUGGCAGUAAAAUGUGCGGAAAAUGUCUAACAACAGUGUCAACUUACAAAUUUUGUCUUGCAACAUUGACAGUAAUGCUUUUUGUGACAACGUUGCAAAAGAAAAAUUAAAAGUUCACACUAUUGUUAGAUAUUUUCUGCACAUUUUACUGACAACGUUGUAAGAUCUGACAACCGUGUAUCACAGGUUUUACUUAUGUUUUCCUAAUUUAGUUUUUGUUAUUUAAGCAAUACGAUUUAUCCUACAAAAAACACACAUUCACAUGAUUUCGAAACAUGAAUUUAAUAUUUUUUAAAAAUUACGAUACAACAGCAACUAUAUAUAUUUUUUCUUUUUGUAAAUAUUUAUAUUUCGAGUGAGAAUUAUCAUAGUAUCUGUAGCAAAUCUGUUGAUUUAUAUUUUUUAACAUAAUUUAAAUUUACUCUUAUUUUAAGUUUACUCCAUUAAAAAUUGUAAAACCUACACUAACAUUUACUUAAGCAUGUAGUUUUAAGUAUGUAUACACAUUAAAUAUAUUUUUAAGAUUCAUAGUAACUAAUAAA